AUGGGCGCUGGUUGGCGAGGUCUGCUUGCGUGUAAGUGCUGCCUGUCGGCCCCUUUCAAAAGCAUGGUUGCCGUCAAGACCAGCGACGCCAUGGCUCCUUGCCCGUUCUCGCCGCCAUCGCCUCCCUGUCCGAUCUGUGGUCAGCCGACGACGACUUGCGUUACGCGGACCAGCAACAGGAACGGCAACGCUGGACGACCGUACCUCAAAUGCGGAUCUUGUCGAAAGUUCAUUACCUUCGUGGACAAACGAGGCAUCAGCUCGAAGAACCCAGAGUGUGUCUGUGGUAAAGCAAGCCGCAUUCAGGUCGCUGGGAAGGGAAAAGGCCGGGGGUUACACUACGUCUGUCAGUCCGGAGCUUGCGAUUUCUUCGAUGUUGCUCGGAACAAGGAUGGAGACCAGAUCAGUCUUACCGAAAAGCUGGUAGAGGAUCUUGCUCGAAUCUUGAUCUAA